CCUCCAUCUCUUCCAUCUUCUCAGAGGGGGUGUCUUCCUGGGACCCCGGCAGGGCCUGGACAGGACCAAGAACUGGGAGAGGGGGCGUGGCUAUCUGUUGGGGGUGUGGUCUGUAGGGCUGAGGGGUGGGGAGCAUGCCUAACUAGAGUGGCUGCGCCCCGGAGUCCCUGCGCCUGAUGGAGAGCCCUACCUGAGCAUGCUCACUGCAGUUUGUGCCCUGGAUGCCAGACACAGAAGCUGUGCAGCCUCGGGCCAGGCCGUACCCUUCUGCCCUCUCCUGCCCACAGUCCCCGCGUCUGCAGUUCCCGCUUGCUCACUCCUCUGCCCUCUCUCACCAGCCUCAGGGCUGCCUUCCUUUUCUUCACUUUCUCCCCUCCACUCCCAACCAUAUCUGACCCAGACACAUCACUGCUACUCAAGGUCAUUCAGGCAUACCCCCAACUGCGACCUCCCUGCCCACUAUGCCUCCAGUCACCCCCCCUUCCUCCCGGGGAUCCAGCCUCAUCGUGCUAUUGCACGUUUUACCCCUUUGCCCCUUCAUCCUUGGAGCCCCUUCCUAAAUGUCACCACAUCAGAGAAACCUUUCCCCACUGCCACCGCAGACUCAGUCUGGUGUUCCCUUGUGCGCCCAGAGAAAUGGGACAGCGCCUUGCCCGAUGUAACACUUGCCGCACUGCCCCUACUCGAAUCUACCUCCCCUGCCAGACCCCUUCCUUCUUGGCGAUGCAGCCUGGCUCUUGUUCUUUCUGCCCCAGAACAUAGUCCUGGGGGUAGCAGGCAUCAACAAAUGUAUCUUAAAAUGAGUAAAUGGAAGAUUGUAGGCAUUAGGUAGAUGCUGGGUGUGUGGAGGGUCUGGAUUGUUGAGAGUUCAUUUGAGAGGGCUUCUUGGAGGACAGACUGAACAGGCUUUGGUGCGGGGGAGAGAUGUGAUUUAGUGCAGUGAGAGGAUCCUGGGGAAGCACCAGAGUGACACAUUCUACCGAUUUAACGAUCCCUGAACAACUUCUAUUGUCAGGCUUCAUGCUGGGCACAGGGGACCUCAGUCUGCACUCAUGUUGCUUGCCCUGCAGUCGACAAGGAAGACAAGAGAGGCGGUGCCAGUGUAGAGUGCCGAGUGUCACACGACCGCCUCCUUCCGGACCUGUGCCCCCGGCAGAGGAAACACCAGACUUAGAAUCCAGCAGGCAGGAUUACCUUUCACUCACUGAGGAUGUGAUUUGAGCCAAUAUAUCUCCAUUUCUCUGAGGCUCAGAUUUUGCAUUCAUCAAAUAAUGACAGCACCGUCUCCUGAGGUCGUCAGGAUCAGGAGAGAGAACAGAGUGAAACGUGCCUUGUGCGCCGUUUUGUGCUGGACGCAUUCAUCUCUUGUCUCUCAUCUCUUCCCCUGUCGGAGCUGGGCCUGAUGUUCUGGUUGGGGUCGUCAGAACCAGGACCUCGGGGCACCCCCGCUGCAGCCCCGUCCUUCCGAGGGAAAGAGCAAGGCCUGCAGGACAAGGGAGGCUGACUCUGCAGUGGGUCCCUUUCGUGCUUUCUACCCCUCGGGUAGCCUCUCGCCCCCUGGAACAUUCCUGGGGGUGAGGGGCUUGCCCUUUCCCAGUGUUAUUUUUUAUUCCUGUGGGGCUCCCCUCACAGGAAUAAAAAAUAUGAAAAGUAGCUUUGUAAUUUUUUUUUUUAAAGGGCUCACCUAUGACAAAAGGCUCAUCUCCCAGAUAGGGGAAGGGCCCAUAUCCCUCAUACCCUGGGCCAUGGGGGUACCAGGAGGGCCAACCGUGGGCUGGAGGGAGGUCUGCACUGUAGGCAAGGGGGCAGACAGAGGGGUUGGAGACUGUGGCUGUACUGGCGUGGGGGCUUUGCUGUUGUGCCUUCCCAAGACACUCAUCUUUAGCACCUUGGUCUUUACCUCCUGGUGUCCUCCAGCUACCUCCUGUCUCAUUCUAGUCAGUGAAACAGUGUUGGGAGGGUACAGUUCUGGGAUGAGGUCCAGGGAACAGGAGCUGCCUGGUCCUGGGAGCCUCUUUUGGGACGCUUUGACCUUGGGAACCCCUGACCCCUCUCCCCGGAGCCCCAGAUCCGUGCACCAGGUUCUUCCUGACCAACGACCAGAUCCAUCUCUAUAUGAAUGAGUUUUCCUGGAAGGACGUUACCAAUGCCUUGUCCCUGGCCAACUUGAUCCUGGGGCUCUUCUCCAUCUUCUGCAGCUUCUGCAAGAAAUGCUACAGUGCCUCCUGGAUGCUUCUGAUCAGCUUCCUAUUAGACAUGGCAGUUGGGACGAUAACCAGACACCUCAGCCUCUGCUCCAGAUCGGGGGUGGAGCUGAAUGACUUUGCUGUCUUCACCACCUUUGGCCUGGCCUCAGCCCUGCUCCUAGGUGUGGAUGGGCCUCUGAAUGCGUUCCUGGCCGUCAUCUAUGUGUUAGCUGCUACCUUCCGCCUGUGUUUUUAUUCAACCGGUGUUCCCUUCACAUACAAGGGUCUACCCUGCCGCUAUGCUUCCUGUGUUUUGGCCUCCACCUGCCUUCUGACCAAAGGCAACACGUUCAUUCUGUCUUGCAUGGCCUCACUUAUGAUUCUGUUCAUGAUGGACCAGAGCUACUAUCCACGUGAUGAGAUCCUGGGGUCUGAGAACUGGAAAAAAUUGAUUUAUCUGGGGGGUGUCAUCAUGCUGCUUGUGUCUCCAUUCUCCCUAACUGCUUUUUACUGCCUGAUGUGGUCGCUGUCCUACAUCUUCUUUCCAGAUGCUCUGUGGGGCAAGGCAGCAUGCUUCAGGCUACAGCACCAAAGAAAGUGAACAGCUUCACCCACUCCCACUGGCCUCUGUGGGGUUUGUGCCAGCAUAUCGGGCCAAGCCUUGCCUUAUCCUCACUAAAUCUUUCUUUGUCCCUA